UGUUGGAAUGGCUGAAAAUUCUGGCUUGUCUGCACCGGUACAUUUUGACUCGGCAUGAUCGACGACAUCAAUGUUUAUCUCGAGUGCGACCUGGAGCACGAAGCAUCAAAUAAGAAAUGCAGUCUGAGGAAAUUCAAGGAGCUCAGAAUUAUUUAUUUUGAUAAAGAUAUAGAUAUACUUAUUAAAAAAUGAUUGUCAAAGGAUCAAAAAUUUAUCCAUACAUAACGGAUCGGAAACACUUGAUGCGCACUUUCGCGUCAGCUGGUUGCAAACAUGUUCAUGCGUUGAGUUUAGUGAAACUACGCGCGAAGUCGUAGACGGUCUCCAGCCAUCGUCGAGCACCGUGGACUGGUUACUUGCGUCCAACUCGUCGUGACGAGUGCGUCGAUUUGAGGAGGUUAACUGAUAAACGACACCUUAUCAUGAGCGAUUUGACACGCGUCCCGUUUCCAUAACCCUUCAGAGAUAGUCAAGAAUCUCGUGUGACUCGGUCGUCGAUUGAAGUUAACGUCGUUGUAUUCGUGUGGUGGCCGUCAUUUCAGAAGGAAAGUCCAAAGCAACGUGGAUCCAUAAGUAUUUUUGCCGUAUAUGGUAUCAUAUCCAGUCUUGUAAGCUGAAUCAUCGACGUCGAACGAGUGAAUUCACGAAAAGAUAUUGAAGAUUAUUUGUUACACGUGCUUCAAGAUUUCCUUAUCAGUGACGUUAUUCGAAGAAAGUUAUCAAAUCGUUCUAAUUUCAUAGAGAUAGCUAAGGCAGUUAUAACGAAUCGUUUCGACAUCGGUGUUACACUCUCUCUUGUUAGUUCUACAAUAAGCGUGACGAAAACGGCUUGCCGCCAUUAUCGUUCACUUCGCCAGGCACAACGUUUGAACUUCAAACGAAGUUCGAUAACAAUUGGCCGCGAUCUGGUAGCGAUAUUCCAUGACUAUGAAGUCCCAUGAGGUCUGGGAGCGAAGCAGCAACUUCAUCGAGCACGAACUGCUUCCGGAAAUGGUGCACGAUCGUUGUUUCUGUGAGCCGGAUUCCAGAGAAUUCGUCGAGUUCGACUCAGCCACUAUUCGUCUGGACGAGCUAAGUCGAAGUAGCGAGAUUUAUCGCGUCACAGUGGUGGUCAGGUUUUCCGGCGAGUCACGCAGCUUCCCCCUGUUGCUGAAAUUGCUACCUAAAGAAGGGAGUGAGCACGUGAGUCCAACGGCGUUUGGUGCGUUCCAGAAUGAGGAAAUGUUCUACUCGAAGAUGACACUUAAGUAUGGCACGGAUUUUAUUCCUAAAUGUUAUUUGUCUGAUCUGGGUCGUUAUGGAAGAUCAGUGAUUGUCUUGGAAGAUCUCGAGGAAGCUGGUUAUACGCAGGUGGGUAGUGAAUUGGACGAGGAUCAUUUGAAAUUGUGCGUGCAGGUUUUGGCCAAAUUUCACGCUAGGGGAUUGAGACUGAGAGCGACUGAGCCGCAGAUUUUCAGAGAAUUUGAGGCGAACCUGGUUGAAAUUGCACUUACCGAGGACGCUAUGCGGCACUACGAGAAGAGAUCGACUAGAUUGUUGGACAUCCUUGAAGUGAUGACAAACUAUGCAGACUUUGCAGAGGAGAUAAAACGCAAGAUAAACAAUAAUCUAAUGGAAAUGGUGAAAAGCAUUGCCACGGAGGUGAAUGAGGUUUCCACAAUAUGCCACGGUCAUUUUUCACACGAUAAUCUGCUGUUCAAAUACCAGAAUGGGAAACCGAUUGACGCGAAGGUGAUCGACUGGCAAACAAUGAGAUACUGUUCGCCGGCUGUCGAUCUGGGGCCCAUUCUACUGUAUAACGUGACGCAUGAAAAUGGGCCGUUGAAGGUGCAGGAAAUUUUGACGCUCUACAUCGACACCGUUCGAUCCGAAUACCCAGAGGUAUCCGAGAAACAUUUGAGAAAGGACAUAGUAGACAAGUUUCUCUUUGCCUGCAUCGUGUUGUCGUUCCUCGAUCAUAUCACAGAUGGUGAAGUUGCACGGGUUUUGUUACUGUUGAAACAACUGGAUGACUUCGAUUAAACGAAGUAUUCUGUUCUUUUAUCUUCACAUGAG